AAGAAGAUCCCAGCACCCAACGCGCCACUCACGGUGCUUAUUAUUUCUGGAACAAAGAAAUGAACGGAGCCGCAAUCCCGUCCCUGGCAAAACCGUUCGCCGCCGCCGCAGCCCAGCUUUUCCCAAUUUCUCAACGUCCCCACCUCCGCCUCGCCCCGAUCAAAAGCAGCACCAGCGGCGGAAACGACGGCGGGGGCGCGCCGCCCCCGGUGAAACCACCCAUAGCGCCGCCGGCCACCGUGGAGAUCCGGUUCCGGAGAGGGGCGAGAAGGAAGUUGAGGAAGAAAGAGGAACGAGAUGAGGUUGCGAAAGGACCGUCGUCGAAGAAGGCGGAGGCGGAGGGAGCUAAGGACUGGGACUCCAUGACCGUCACAGAGAAGGCCGUGGAGCUGUACAUGGGGGAGAAGGGGCUUCUGUUUUGGCUGAACAAGUUUGCUUAUGCUUCCAUCUUCGUAAUUAUUGGGGCUUGGAUUCUGUUCCGGUUUGUAGGGCCGGCGCUCAACCUCUACCAGCUUGAUUCUCCGCCCCUUUCCCCGACGUCCGUGUUCAAGGGCUCGUAGUUCACAUCGAAUUAGUUCUGAGUGAGGGCUCUGAAAUUCUGAAUUGCUUCAGCCAGGUUCACCAUCCUAUCUUUUUUGAAGAACCGGCUGUGAUCUACUGCCAUUUGAGUUGUAUAAGAUAAUAAAAAAUAAUUUAUAGCACUCCAUCCA